GGAGCCCUCGGGACCGGCGCUGCAGCCCAGCCUCAGUGCCCGCUCCGCGUCCGCGCCGCCAGCAUGACCGAUACGCUGCUGCCCGCGGCCCCCCAGCCGCUCGAGAAGGAGGGCGACGACUACUUUCGGAAGGGUUGCAAUCCUCUUGCACAAACUGGUCGGAGCAAACUGCAGAAUCAGAGAGCCGCCUUGAACCAGCAGAUCCUGAAAGCUGUACGGAUGAGAACAGGCGCAGAAAACCUCCUGAAAGCAGCUACCAACAACAAGGUCCGGGAGCAGGUGCGCCUGGAACUGAGCUACGUGAACUCCAACCUGCAGAUGCUCAAGGAAGAGCUGGAAGGACUCAACAUCUCCGUGGGCGUCUAUCAGAACACAGAGGAGGAGUUCACGAUUCCCUUGAUUCCACUUGGCCUGAAGGAAACCAAGGAUGUCGACUUCUCCGUCGUUCUCAAGGACUUCAUCCUGGAGCAUUACAGUGAAGACAGCUCGGACUAUGACGAUGAGAUCGCAGAUCUCAUGGAUCUCAGACAGGCCUGCAGGACCCCCAGCCGGGAUGAGGCCGGGGUGGAGAUGCUGAUGGGUUACUUCAUCCAGCUGGGCUUCAUCGAGAGCCGCUUCUGCCCACCCAGCCGCCACAUGGGCAUCCUGUUUACCUGGUACGACUCCCUCACCGGGGUGCCCGUCCACCAGCAGAACCUGCUGCUGGAGAAGGCCAGCGUCCUGUUCAACAUCGGAGCCCUCUACACACAGAUCGCCACCCGGUGCAACCGGCAGACGCAGGCUGGCCUGGAGAGCGCCGUGGAUGCCUUUCAGAAAGCAGCAGGGGUUUUAAACUACCUGAAGGAGACGUUCACCCACACUCCGAGCUAUGACAUGAGCCCCGCCAUGCUCAGCGUGCUGGUCAGAAUGAUGCUCGCCCAGGCCCAAGAGUGCGUGUUUGAGAGAGUCUGCCUUCCCAGGAUCCAGAACGAGUUCUUCAUGCUGGUGAAGGUGGCUCAGGAGGCUGCCAAGGUGGGAGAGGUGUACGAGCGGCUGCACGCGGCCAUGAGCCAGGAACCAGUGAAGGAGAACAUCCCCUACUCCUGGGCCAGCCUGGCCAGCGUGAAGGCGUAUCACUACGGGGCCCUGGCCCACUACUUCAGCGCCACCCUCCUCAUCGACCACCAGUUGAAGCCGGGCAUGGACGAAGAUCACCAGGAGAAGUGCCUGUCGCAGCUCUACGACCACAUGCCAGAGGGGCUGACGCCCUUGGCCACACUGAAGAAUGCCCAUCAGCGCCGGCAGCUAGGCAAGGCCCACCUGCUCCGCGCCGUGAGCCUGCACGAGGAGUCCGUGCGCGCGGCCACGCUGUGCCGGAAGCUGCGCCCCAUCGACAUGCUGCAGGCCGUGCUGACGGGCGCCCACCAGCGCUCCCGGCUCAAGUACGCGCAGCACCAGGAGGUCGACGACCUGCUGACCCUGAGCCUGGCGCCCGAUGUCCUGCCUAAAACUGAGCGUGAGGUUGAAAUUGUCCCUCCACAGUUCUCCAAGGUGGAAGUCACGGACUUCUUCCAGAAGCUGGGCCCCCCUUCGGUGUUCUCUGCCAACAAGAGAUGGACACUUCCUCGAAAUGUCCACUUCGCUGCAGAAGAAGGGGAUUUGGGGUUCACCUUGAAGGGAAACGCCCCUGUUCAGGUCCACUGCCUGGACCCCUACUGCUCUGCAGCGCUGGCGGGGACCAGGGAGGGUGAUUACAUCGUGUCCGUCCAAGACGUGGACUGCAAGUGGCUGACGGUGAGCGAGGUGAUGGACCUCCUCAAGAAGUGUGGCGAGGCCGACAUCGACAUGAAGGUCGUGAGCGUUCAGGACUCCACCUCCUCCUUGCAUAACAAGUGUGCCACGUACUCUGUGGGAAUGCAGAAAACCUACUCCAUGAUCUGCUUAGCCAUCGAGGGUGAUGAUGACAAAACUGAUAAAACGAAGAAAAUCUCCAAAAAGCUUUCUUUCUUGAGUUGGGGCACCAGCAAGAACAGACAGAAGUCAGCCAGCACCUUGUGCCUCCCGUCAGUUGGCAUCACGAGGCCUCAAAUCAAGAAGAGGUUCCCAGCAUCCCCCUUCAGUCUUCUCAACUCCGACAGUUCUCUCUACUGAGACCCAGAGGGUGCUUGACUCGGCUUCACCUGUGUGCCAUAAGUAGAACUUUCUACUCCCUCCCCCCCUCUCCAAUUUCCCACAACUGUAAACUUUGACUUAAUAUGUCUUGUUGAAUGAAACUGACAAACUCUCUAGAAAUGUAUGGGAAACCUACUUAUCCAAGGAGAGUCACUCUAUUGCCAGGAGUUAUUUAUUAUAUAAGAGUUGGGGAUAGAACAGUGUUGAAACAUGGCUGUUUUUACCGGCUAAAACGAUGACUCUAGUUACUUUUAGUCACUCUCAGAACUUAAUUGGGGUUACCAAUUUGAUCACCCGGACUCGGGUACUAAUUCUACAGUCUUGAACUCAGAAUUCAGAUCACCCCCAAACGAAGGCCAGUCAAGACAGGAUAGACUUUAGUGUUUACUAAAACUGUUCCAGGAAGCUGCUUCCUAAAGAGAAAUUAACAAGCCUAAAAAUGACAAGAUUUUGCUAUUGUUUCUAUAAAGUAUGAAACUUAUUUUCCAGUAGCCAAGUGCCAAAUUCUUCAUGACCUAAUAGAUAAAGAUUUUUAAAUUUAGGAGCAGCUUUUUUUUUUUUUAGUUUCAUGUCAUUUAAAGGUUGCUAACACAGUUGUCAGUGUUAGAUAAAGAUACUAUCUACAAGGUAGAUAAUAUACUGUUUGAUACUCAAAUCAUUUUCAUUUUGUUUAAAGUAGGAAUUACAUAUAUAUUCUUCAAGAGUGUUUAAGAUGGCUUAAAAACUAGUUUUACAUUUUAUAAGGGACCUAUGUACAUGAUUCAAGUUUUAAGCUCUAUCUGGCUUCAAAACAACAUUUCUCUUGCUGUAAGUUGGAUGACACUGUGAUUCUAGUAAGAGUCACUGCUGACAUAGUACAAGUUAUAUAUCCUUGAAUUGCAUUGAAAUCUAAUUUUGAGAAUUAACAGGAACUUAAAUUUUCAUAGUGCAAUAUCAAAAGGGAAAGUAUAUCACUAUCUCUAGGACCAUUUUUAUGUAAGUAUUUAAAUAAACACCUUUAUUUGCCUGUUA